AUGACAGAGAAUGCUACACAAAAAUCAUAUCUCGACGAUUCACUGGAAAAUGUAGGUCUGUUAGGUAACGCUUAUGCAGUCAUAAUAAUCUUUUCUUUCCUCCAAGUCACACUAAGAACUAUGACACUGAGAAGAUCAAGAGCAAGUUUUCGCAAAGAAAGCCCUCAAAGUUUCUUUGUUACUUUCAUGUGUCUGUUGUUAUGUCUGCUAAUUUUCGGGAAAAAGAGAUUAAAAAUUAAAGACACUACACGUACGAGAUGA